GACCAGGUUCGGUUAGAGCUCAUCUUCUUCUCGUUGAAUCCCUGAACUUAAAGUUGUGGCACCAUGGAGAGAAUGGGAAAUCCUAGGCAGGGAAGACGCUGUUGAGUAUGCCAAGAAGCAUGACGUUCCUGUCUAUUUACAGCAGGGACAGGAAACCUCUGGCACCUUAGUCAUGAGGGUGAUAUAUUGGAAGAUCUAGCAAACGAGCGGAAGAAACAUAUGUACAUGAUGAGUGCAGAUCCCGAAGAUGCUCGUGAUCAGCCUGCUUUCUUUCUCUAAAGUUUUGUUUGAUAGAUUGAGAUCGGGACAGAAUGUGGACUCCUCGUGGCACUCAACGGGAAAGGCUCUCUUUCUCUCUCCUGCUGGCUGCUACCCUCCUCUCUGAGCUAAACACAAUAGGACGAAUCAACAUGGUGGAGAAUCGUUUGGUUGGGAUGAAAUCAGGAGGUGUAUAUGAGACCCCAGGAGGCACCAUCCUCUUUGGAGCUGUACAAGAACUAGAGUCCCUCACUCUAGACAGAGAGAGCAUUCAGUUGAAAGACUCAUUAGCACUGAAACACCAGGAGGCACCAUCCUCGUUACAAUUUUCUCAUCGGCCUUGCAGCUCCAAGUCAAUCUGCAGCUAGUUACAAGAUACAGAGAGAAUAUAUAUAUGUUAAAACUAUCUUUGAUGGGAGCAUAACACUAAACACUUUGUGUGAAAAAACCAUGAGAAAUUGAAUAAUGUGCCACCAAAUUAUUAUUAUUUUUUAUUAAUUUAUAUAAUAACUGUUUACUUGUAUUCUCUGAUGUUCGAGUCUAAUGAAACUACUAUUGAAUCUUUAAUAGGUUCUCUCCUCUUUCCGUCUCCUCUUUGUUUUUAUUGUAAUAUAGUUAUCGAUCUUAGGAUCGAUGUCGAUGUUUUCUUCCGAAUAGCGGAUAAUAAAUUUUGCAUAGGUGAUUUUGUUUUGGUUUUCAAACCAAAUUAGGAUCUGUUCUUCAAGUUUAUUUUCCGGUUUGGUUUGAAUUUUAAUAAAAUCCCGAUCAUGUUUUGAUCGGUUUUAUCUUUUACCUUCCACUCCGUUUUAAUUCUAAUCCCGUUGAUUUCUAAGCAGAAACCUUUUUCACGGUUCACUUCAAUCCCUUUCACAGAGAAUCAGUCUUUACCAAAAAAAAAAUAGCCUUUAAUUGGCGUAAGGGUGAAGCAUCUCUUCUUGAAGGAUGAUUGAAUUUGAUGGAUUCCUGAAGUCGAUUAUGAGAUAGAUUCAGAAGAGUCGGCGUUACUUUGACGGUCCGGCAAAAGGUCUUCUCUCGAUCGAACUUUUGUUUUCUCCGGCGUAAAUUACGGUGGAUCAAAAGGCCUCUCUGGUUUAAGCAAUCAAGGUUAAGGUGGGAGGUAUAUCAAGGGUACAAGGUUGAGUGGAGUCAAGAUCGUGGUAGAGCCAAGCUUGUGGUGGAUUAUCGGAAAAGCAUCUCCGGUUGGUUUGCGUCUUCGUCGGAGGUGAGAAAAAGCUUGGUGUCCCCCCUUUACUCAGAUGAAUGCCACGUAGCAAGCCUUUUCUACAUGACUGACACGUUUGUAUUCGGAACUGAUAUUUUUGAUAAAAUUUCGGUUAUGUAGUUGGGCCAGGAUUAAUUUUGUAACUUAGCCUUUGUACUUGAUUAGCCCACCAGGCUUAUAAAAUUGAAGUUGACAAAAAAAAAGAAUCUUUAAUCACUAAAUAAAGUGUUUAAUUAGUUGCAUAGACAAGUAUUUUUCAAUUGGGGUCAAACAGAGUUUAUUAGAGGAUGGAAUCAGAAGCUUGGUCAUUGUCGUACUGAGAUUAUUAAACUAACUGGAAAAGAAGGAACCAAACAAACUCGGCUGCCUGUAUAGUUGAGAUCCGUGGUCAGUUGGAUCAAUCUAUGAGAGAUAAUACUAUGUCAACUGAAUAUAUUCAUGAGCUCUGUGGUGUAAAAAUGAAGCAAUAAGAAACAAGAUGGUGGGUUAAGGUCUCAAGACAAUGGAGAUACCACUACAAGGGACAAACAUGCAUGGUUGGUUAAGGUCUCAAGACAAUGGAGAUGCCACUACAAGGGACAAGCAUGCAUGGUGGGUUAAGGUCUCAAAACAAUGGGUUAUUAGUUUAUCAUAUCUCAUCUACCAUUUACCAUACUUGUAACCACUAUAUAUAUGAGAUGUUCUCAUAAGCAAAUCAAUCAAGUGAAUAAGAUUAUCUUUCUUUACUCUCUCUCUCUCUUGUUCUUCACUAUGUUCUUUAAUUUCUAACAUGGUAUCAGAGCAUCAAAGCUCUUGAACACCAAACUGCUUCCGCAAAUCUAUUCUAUUCACCUUACUCUUUCACUUGUUUGGUUUACUUUCUUCAGAAUCUCUUUCAUUUUCUUUUACCCAAUAGCAAGCAAAGAUGGAGCAACACCAGCUAGUGAGGAUUCCAGUCACCAUGAAGGGUCCUAACUACAUUACUUGGUCGAGAUUGACCAGGACAGCUCUUGGAGGAAGAGGUCUAUGGGAGCACAUCACCACAAGUGAGGCCCCAAGACAAAUCACCCAAGGAGAAGAUGGCAAGGAGGUUGUAGUGGUAGAUGAAGGCAAAUGGGGUCAGGAGGAUCUCAUGGUGCUGUCUAUCUUGCAAGGCUCACUUGAUACUCCUAUCAUGGAGUCUUACUCACACUGUGAGACUGCAAAGAAGCUAUGGGAUACCUUAUACAAGGUAUAUGGCAACACUUCAAACCUCACCAGAAUAUUUGAGGUUAAGAGGGCAAUCAACAACUUGCAGCAAGAGGAGAUGGACUUCACCAAACACCUUGGAAAGUACAGCCAGUUGUGGUCUGAACUUGAGAUGCUGAGACCAAGUACCACUGAUCCUAGUACACUAGAAGAGAGGCGUGAGCAAGACAAGGUCUUUGGAUUGCUUCUCACACUCAACCCAAGCUUCAAUGAUGUACUUAAACACAUAUUGAGAGCUAAAGAGCUUCCAAGCUAUGAUGAUGUGUGUGCUCAACUUUGGAAGGAGCUAGGCUCAGAUGGUCUCUUUGGUGGAAAAGAGGAGCUGUCUAUGGCAAACAAAGCUGAGAAGAUGGAGAGUGCUUCAGGCAACAAAGCACACUUCAAAUCAAGAAGAGGAGGAGACAAGUCUGUGACUUGUGAGCACUGCAAGAAUCUAGGCCACUCAAAACCAAUUGUUGGAUCCUCCAUCCUCACCUCAGACCUGCUUCAACCAACAGAUACAACCAGGCCAAAGCACAUGAAGCAAGAGCUCACGAAACCACAAUAUCAGGCUCCAUGCACAUAGGAGAAGAUGGAAGAGCUAUGAUCUCAACCACCCACACUGGUGGAUCCACAUCCCAUGCCAUGUCUCAGCCAUCCCCUGAUGAUGCCUUCAUCCGCAAGUCAGACAUUGAAGCGCUUAUCAAGGCUAUCAAUGCAAACUCUGGUAACAUCAGUGUCAAUGCUUUAAAUUCUAUUCACAGUGCUUCACAUACUACUAGACCUUUGAUCAUUGAUUCUGGAGCUUCUCAUCAUAUGAUUAGGGAUGCUAGACUGAUUAGUGAUGUUAAACCUGCUCUAGGGAGUGUAGUGAUUGCUAAUGGUGAUAGAAUUCCAAUUGAAGGAGUAGGAAACUUGAAACUGUUUGAUAAGGAGUCUCAAGCUUUUUAUAUGCCUACUUUCACAUCCAACUUAUUAUCUGUCAAGAGAGCAACCAAUGAUUUAAAUUGCAAUGUUAUUUUCAGUCCUAAUGAUGUGUGCUUUCAGGAUAUUAAGACCAGGAAGAUGCUGGGAAAGGGUGUGAGCAAGGGAGAGCUUUACUUGCUUGAAAACACCAAGCUUUCAGAUUUAUCUUGUGCUUUCAAUUCUGCUUCUGUGUUAGCUAGUGAUGUUUUAUGGCAUGCUAGAUUAGGUCAUCCUCAUUCUCGUGCAUUAGGAUUGAUG